AUGGCGCCCAGGAAGCACGUCAAGACCGCGAAAGCGAAGGGAUCCCGUCCCGUCAUCGAUCCGAGCAAUCGAGUUGCGAAGAAGCGGGCUAGCGGCGCUCCACCCAAGCACAAGAAUGGAUUGCUCAAUGUCGCGGUCUCCGAGUCUUCCGAGCUCAUGAAGAUUGCGAAGCAAAACUCGCUGCAAUCACCACUACUUUGCUUGCCUCCUGAAAUAAGGAAUAAAAUCUGGCGCUAUGCACUCGGUGGAUACCAAAUCGACAUCCGCGGCCAUUGUAGUCGCUCCGCACGGAAGGCCCCCAAGCUGCUCUUCGACACGCGUCCUAUGGCUACUAGAUAUCCCGUGCAAUGGAACUACAUCCGACCAACCUUUCUGCUCCACAAAAUCUGUCGCCAGAUGUACGUCGAGACAUCGCCGCUCAUCUACACCCUCAAUACCUUCACCUUCAACAACGUCGACACUAUGGACCGGUGGAUCAAGGAUCGCGCCCCAGGUCAGCUUCGCCUCGUCACAUCCGUCGACGUGCCCAUGGAGUAUAUGCGGCUCUACCACCUCGGGUUCCGCAAGAAAUUCUGCGCAAAGUUCCCGGGCAUCAAGCGCAUCGGUGUCGAUAUCCUGGUCCCGUAUUUCAGCAGAUACAUGAGUGAGACGCUGGAAGAGAGCAAGGCGCGCAUCUUGAGGAAGAUAAAAGAGUGGGAGGGUGAGCAUGUGGAGGUGGAGUGGCACUGGGGACCGAAUGGACGUCCAAGCGCGUUACGCUAUGAAUAG